GUUCUGACGUUCGUCACUUCCUGUGCCGUGGUCAAGCUUAGGUGCUCCCAAUCAUGUCGGUAUCAGUUGUAUCUGUUGUUUCCCGGUUCUUAGAAGAAUAUGUCAGUUCUACCCCGCAGAAACUCAAGCUGCUGGACGCUUAUUUGCUAUACAUAUUGCUGACAGGCGCCAUGCAGUUCUUGUACUGCUUACUUGUCGGAACAUUUCCCUUCAAUUCAUUCUUAUCCGGCUUCACCUCUUGUGUGGGUUCAUUCAUCUUGGGCGUGUGUUUAAGAAUCCAAAUUAACCCACAGAAUAAGGGGGAUUUCCAGGGGAUCUCUCCAGAGAGGGCCUUUGCAGACUUCUUGUUUGCCAGCACCAUUCUUCAUCUUGUUGUUGUCAACUUUGUUGGUUGAUUUUGUUUGUCAAGUUGGCAUUUUCCUUUUUUUGCGGAAGAAUGCAAUUUCAUGUUGAAAAACGACUAAUUCAUUCCCUGAUGCUUACUUCUGUGACUUCACUCAGUGCAUAAUGCUAUUUAAUGAUGAAGAUUCUGAACCAGCACCUUGGUAAUCUGAUGGGCGUUGGCAAUAAAAAAGUGACUUUCUUAUCCAA